AUGGAGCCGCUUAAGCGCGGACGGUCUUCGAGCACCGAACAGGGUGGUGACAACAAGCGACUCUGCCUGACAGACGGCCCAGGCGAUAUCGAUGCAGUAUUCAAUUGCGGCCUCUUCAACUAUCAGCAGUUCGCUGCCGAGGAGGAAUAUUUGCGUGGGACAACGAUUCCUGAGCAUUUGAAUCAGGACUUCUAUCCAGGAGGAGGCGAUGCAUAUGCGCUACCUGGAAUUUCAACCUUCGGGGAUAUACCCAUGCUUGACUAUGAUUCUAUGGAUUUAGCGCCUGGCCUCCCUGAGUGGUCCAACUAUGACAAUAGCAAUGUUGUUUUGGAUUCAACGCAUCACGUAUCUUGGAAUCAAUCAGCAAUAGAAUUCGGAAAUGAUAUCACUGAGCUGAGCAGCGUCAACGUCGGGCCUUUCGAGGAAACACCCCCUAGUCUAGUGGAGGGGCCGACGAUACCCCCCUCCCCGAUAAGCAGGACAAUAGCCACGCCUAGCUCCGUAAGCGACGUGCCCGGGUCCAGAUACUCCGCGAUGGCCGCGAACUCGGACACUCUUCCACCGUUGCCGGCGCAUGAAACCUUUGGAGCCGAGAGCUCAACAUCCGACAAGAUGUCGAAGACGGUUGAUGAAUCCGUACCGCGGAAUGAAGACGUGGUAAUGGAGGAUUGUGUUGAGCACGGAGCUGAGGGCGCACAAUUUGAUACCUGCUUCGGAGAGGUUAUGGUGAGAGCAAUCUCGUCAUUCGAUUGGAAAGGGGACGUGCGACCUAUGCAAGUUAGCAUCGAGCCCUUUGGCAACGUCCUAAAACUCCUACUGUGCACACAGCCCCAAAACCAAAAAUACGUCGGGAUGAUCACUAUGCCUGCUCUGAGGAAGCUCCACGAGAAACAUCCAGUGCAUUUGGUGGGGACGUUGUUUCCUCCCAAACCGACGGACGCUGGGCCUGACGCUGAUCCAGAUCCAGAACCAAUGGUCCACGUACUGGUAUACGGAAACCGGGACGACAAGGACAGUAUUGCUGCUUGCCUGAACGAAGGGGGUGCGCUUCUGCAGCACCCAAUAACUGCGCGCUUUGACCCGGGCAUCACCUAUCUUAACCCGAAUUAUCUGGUCAGACCGGGCGGCAAAAGGCCGCAACUUGGGGAAAUAGUGGCCCUUGGUGAAGCCCAGGAACCGCAACCGCAAACUGCGAGACCAAUUUCUUCUCCGGAAAAGAAUAGAAUCAUGCAGAUUUUUGAUUCCGCCAUGCCCGACACAGGUAUAUGCUCUGCUGUCAGGCAAAGCCAGCGGCUUUCGACUACCUUGAAAGAGUAUCAGCUUGUUGCGCUCUCCGUGAUGGUUGAAAGGGAAGUGAGUAGGGUGCAUGACUAUAGGUUUCCGUCUCUCUGGGGGCGAGUUAAGGACUCCUCAGGGUACCGUAAUAACAUCACGGGUGUAACCCAAGACAAGCCGACUCCUUUGAACGGCGGUAUUCUGGCCGAUGAGAUGGGAUUGGGAAAAACCCUGAGUCUUCUUGCCCUCGUUUGUUUCAGCCUGGACAGCUUGGAUGAAAGGAGUAGUAUUCCAGACAGUCAUCCUCGAGCCACGCUUAUCAUUGCACCAAAGUCAACAAUUCCUGCCUGGGAACACCAGAUAAAGACACACAUCCGGUCUGGCCAGGUGCGGUACCUGGUCUAUCAUGGGCCGAAGCGAAAGGGUGCGCAGCAACCAUUCAAUCGGCACUACGACAUAGUACUCACAACAUACGAGACUCUGCACCAUGAUUCAAAAACAGACAAGAAACUCCGAGAUGAAAAGUGGUACAGGGUUGUACUGGAUGAAGCUCAUCGCAUACGGAAUCGGACCAGUGCACAGUUCAAGGCAGCAGCCGAGCUCAAUUCCCACUACCGAUGGUGUCUGACGGGCACGCCGAUUCAAAAUUCGCUUGAUGAUUACGGUGCUCUCCUGGCCUUCCUUCAGGUCGAGACCUUCGGGCAGAAGCGACUGUUUGACUACUGGAUUGCAGGCCCUAUGCAGCGAAAAGGAACAGGGGGCGUGAGCGUGAGCGUGAGCAAUUUAAAGCUUCUCGUUGCUGCCACAUGUUUGCGGCGUACCAAGACCAUGGUCGAAGAUGCAGUGGACCUGGCCCUCCCGGACAAGACGGAGGUGAUUGAGCCAAUCCAGCUGGCAGCAGCCGAACGGGAGAUAUAUGGAUUUUUCCAGCGGAGGGCAUCCAAACUCAUAAUAGAGCUGGGUCAGCCGGAACAAAUACCUCAGAUUGGGGAGCCAUGUGAGAGGAAGGACAACAACAACACCUUGUCCGUCAUCAACAAUAUGCGACUUAUCUGUAACCACGGGGAGGAUCUGCUCCCGAAAUCCCAGGUUGCUAUUUGGCAUGAAUACAAAAAGGCACAGGAGGCUACGUCUUCGGCUCCAGAGCGAGAGGAAGGUCCAUCGUUACAGUCUCCCGGUGGCAUACAUUAUAAUUUCACCACUGGCUCGAACAAGCCAUUCACAAAGGUUCAGGCGCUGCUAAAGAACCUAGAGAAGGAGCAGAUAAUUCCAGAAAAAGCAAGCCCUAAACCUGUAAAGAGUGUCGUAUUCAGCCAAUGGACGAAGAUGCUCGAUCGAGUUGGCGAUGCCUUACGUGCUUGCAAUUACGAGUUUGCCCGGAUAGAUGGAGGCUCAAGUCUGGAAUAUCGGUCUGCCGCACUGCAGAGCUUCAAUGAGAACGACAACUGCACUGUGAUGCUGGCAAGUACUCGCAGUGCUGCAGAAGGGAUUGAUAUGACCGCAGCGACCUGCGUGCAUAUUCUCGAGCCCCAUUGGAAUCCAAAGCUCGAGGAGCAGGCAAUCGGCCGUGUUCAUCGCAUUGGGCAGACACGCAAUGUCCUAGUCACCAGAUACCUUGUGGAAAAUUCUAUAGAAGAUUAUGUCCGGUGGCUUCAGGAUGAUAAGAAUUGGAUAACGCAAAUCUCGCUAACAGGGCCCGACGAGGAGUUGUCGUCCUUGGAUCUCGACUGUCAAAGACGCGAAGUAAGAGAAUCCGGCGGCCUUCGAUUCUACUGCUGA